GUCCCCACCCACGCAGUUUUAUCAACUUGGGGCUACGAAUGCCCGAAAUCCAACCAUGCAGUCACGUCUAUUUCCGGUGCCAGCCUCCAUCGAUGGCACCGGCACCGGCACCACUUUUUCUCUCCGUCGUAGCUCCAAUCGCAACUUCAUUUUCCUGAUCGGCACUGUCCCUUCGCUCUACUGCCGCCGGACCAGCGUUACAUGCGCCGUCUCAAACAGCCAGCAGAAUCACUACACUGUUCUAGGUGUAUCAGCAGACGCUUCAACCUUGGAUAUCAAGAAGGCAUAUCGUCUUCUCGCACGAAAGUAUCAUCCAGAUGUUAACAAGGAUUCACAAGCUGGUGAGUUGUUUAAAGGCAUCCGUCUUGCAUAUGAGGUGUUGUCUAAUAACACAACAAGAAACCAGUAUGAUAGAUCGCUCCAGUUUCAAACAAACAACGGCCCUCCAUGGAGGACGUAUGACGUUAGUUUUGAAGAUGAAAUAAAGACGCACCAAUGGUCUGAUCUGAAGCAGAGAAUGAACCGUCAGAAAUAUCAGGAAUGGCAUGAUUCCAAAGAGAGGUGUUACCCUUUUGACGAUGAAACUGAUGACGAAUCUGAAGAGGAUAGCGUCAACAGUGAACGAGGCUCAUUUAUUGAAGUUCUGAGAUCUACCUUUCUCUCCAUAUUCUUACUGAAAACUAUAGGGGCGAAACUUUCUCUCACUUUUAGCAGCUUGAUGGCUCUGCUUGACCCAGAGUUGGACAGAGGAUAUAAGGUGGGUUACGUGAUUGCGUGGUUCUUGGGGGGCAAAGGUGGAAUUGUGCUUGCUUUAUGCCUCUCGUUUGCGAGCUGGGUUUGUGGAAAAACGAGCAGCAAUGUUGUCGCACUGGUGGUCGUAUCCAUGUGGGUUGGCUCAAAUCUUGCAAGGUUUGCUCCACUUCCACAAGGUGCUCUUCUUACACUUCUCUACAUGUCUAUUAAGCUACAGGCUGAUCUAAACUGAACCCAUAUGAUAGUUGCUGCAUUUUUUCUUAAAUUCUCUACUUAUUUUUCAUGCGAGACUUUCUGUAUAUAGUGUUAAAAGUAUCUCAACUAAAAUGAUCAAAUUAUGCUUACUCUCGAGAAAAAAUAACUUUAUAUUUGGCUCC